AUAAAAUAAUUGCCAAGUUGUUGGCAAAUAGACUCAAAAGAGUAAUGGAUGGCCUUAUAGGAGAACAACAAAUGGCAUUAUUGAGUAGAAGGCAACUGUGUGAGGGGGUGGUGAUUGCAAAUGAGUUUGCUGAUGACAUUAUCCUUUUUGGUCAAGCAACAGAAGGAAAUGUGAGGGCAGUUAAAGGUAUUAUGAGAGCUUUUGAGCUUGUCUCUGGACUAAAAGUUAACUAUGGGAAGAGUAUGCUGGUUGGGAUCAAUGUUUGUGAUGAAUGGCUUUCUAAAAUAGCUUGCAUCCUUAACUGUAAAGUGGGAGAGAUUCCUUUCAAAUAUUUUGGGGUUCCAGUUGAAGGAAGCAACUAUAAAUUAGAUGGGAAAUUGGAGCAAUGGCACUUGGUCCUGGACAUUAGGUUGGGGAAGGGACUUACUAUCGAGAGAGGCAGAGAAGGUGCAAGAGUUAGAGGAACUGUUGUCGUCAUCAACAAUCAUACAAGGGAGAGCAGACACAUGGGUUUGGAGACAUGGCAAGGAUGGCAAAUGCUCAACAAAAAUGGGGUAUGCGAUCCUCAAACAAUCCGCAAUGAUGGAUGAUGAAUUCUUCAAGACAAUAGGGAAUUCCAUUGUGCCAAGUAAAACAAAAGCUUUCCU